AUGGCGCACUUGAUCUGCACAGUAACUGAUUUAGUUUGUGUAGCACUGAAACACAAUUUAGAGUCACCUUCACUCACAACUACAGAGGCUUCCGACGGUGUAGAUGACACAGACGGAGCCGAUAUGGCGUCAGAAAGUGAAAGUGGACGACGAUCCACUGCUGUCACUGAAGAGCCUACGGAUUCUGUGGAAAUGAGCGACGAUAAUGAAACUUCUACAACUGAGCGGUCAACGCACAGUAGCAAUGAAAACACCGGUGAUGAUGACGACAUCGAAGACACCACUUCAGCUGAAACCACUCCAUCGGCUACUGAAGUUACUGGUUCUGAUAUGGAGCCUGAAAUGAAGGUCGAAGACGAUGAUGACGAUUAUGUAGCCGAGGAAGACAGCGAAGACACGGAGACAGCAACAACGGCAAAGCGUUUGGAAAAGAAGGGAGAAAAGGCCAGCUACAUCAAGUACAAGAAACAUCCAAGGAAUUUUGCCUCGAAAACUGCCAAAAUGUCAAAGAAACACGUGAAAGCUGAGGAUUCAUUUGUUGGUGAUGAAGAUGGAGAACCAGCCGACGAACAGCCGGCACCCGUCGAAAACAAAAAGCAUUUGUCCAUCAAACGAGUGCUGGAAAAUACGCCAAAGGAAGACACUGAGGUCGGUAAUUAA